GGAAGCGAAUGCAAUCCAAGUGAUCUGACAGGCACAAAGUCAUGUAAUGACGGAGACUGCCCUGAAACUUGCAAUGAAGGAAUAGCUAUUCCUUGGAAUAAUGGACUUAGCUGCAUAUGCCCUCCACACAAGCAAGGACCACAGUGUGCUGAAGAUGUCGUUGGUGUUUCCAGCUGCGGAUGUCAGUGGACAGUAAAUAGUGAUGCCUGCGCCUCUGACCCUUGCCUUGGACAAGGUUCAAUUUGCAUGAACACAUUCGGUGAUAACUAUAGAUGUCUCUGCCCACCUGGUUCGUCUGGUGAACGGUGUGAACAAGGUACAUUUUGCUUCCAGUGCUCAAGCUAUAGAUAUGCUAAAAGGACAUGUGAACCAAUGGCUCGUGCCCCUGCCUACAUACGUGAUGCAACUCUCAGACUACCAGUAUUGAAUAAGCAGAUAUCAAGACGAAAAUGUACUUCUGACUUAUGGGGUACGGACCAGUGGUCCUCACGAAAACUAUGGGUCAAUGGUGGAUGCAGGGCCAAAUUUUGCGUAACAUAUUUCAAGUUCGACAAGGACUCGGCUAGGAGAGGCACGUCAGCUAAAAUAAACUAGAUUGUUUCUAAUCAUACAGUGAUUUUUG